CUGCAACGUUUUGGCAACAAUACCUUGGUCCCUCACAGGAGGACGCUAACAGAGAAGAUCUGCUGAACGGCGCCUCGACUCUCCCCAGAACUGCAGACAUCUCCUGAUUGGCCCCAGGAAGGCUGUGAAGAGCAAGCAUCCUUCCCAGCCUCCAGAAGCCACGUAGAGCCACGCUCUGCUCCUCCAUCUUAAUGCGUUUGGGUGGCUGACGCUGAUCUGCAGGACUACUCCAACCCAGAGCCUCCUCUUUGGUGCCCACUGUGUCUGUAGGUGGACAACAUCUCAGUGUCGUUUCUCUGCAGUGACAGGAUUUCCCAGUCUGCCUUCUGCCAUGAAAAUCCUUUGCUUUUUCAUCGUGCUCCUCUUUGUGGCAGUUCAUGGAGCUGUGGGCUUUUCCCGUUCUCCAAGAUAUCACAUGCAAUGUGGAUAUCGCGGGACCUUCUGCACCCCUGGGAAAUGCCCUUAUGGGAAUGCUUACCUGGGGCUAUGCCGUCCCAAGUAUUCUUGCUGUAGAUGGUUGUAGUGUGAAUAAUUGCACAGGAUCUCCAGAAGUCUGGAAAUGGUCUCUUCUUGCAUUGUUGGAUUUGGGGAACCAUUGUACCGGUCAUUCUUUUAACAAAUUUUUGCCAUUCUUUUAAUAAAAGCAAUAUCUGGGGA